UGAUCGAAGUGGGAUCUGGGGAAUUUGGAGGCCAAGUCGACACCUUGAGCUCUGUCAUGUUCCUCAAACAAUUCCUGAACAAUUUUUACAGCAUGGCAGAGCGCAUUAUCCUGAAAGAGGCCACUGCCAUUAGGGAAAACCGUUGCCAUGAAGGGGUGUACAUGGUCUAUUUAGGUAGGUGGUAUAGGUCAAGGUAACAUCCACAUGCCCAAGGUUUCCCAGCAUAACAUUGCCUCUACCGGCGUUCCGCCUUGUAGUGCAUCCUGGUGCCAUCUCUUCGCCAAGUAAGCGACACACACCCUGCUGUCCACAUGAUGUGAAAGAAAACUUGAUUCAUCAGACCAGGCCACCUUCUUCCACUGCUCCAUGGUCCAGGACGCAGCCCCAUUCUCAGCAAGCUGCGAUGCAUUGUGUGUAAAUAAUUUUUUAAAAAUAGCAUAGAUGUAUUAUAUUUCUGAAAACGAACCAAAUGUAGACAUUUAUUAUAAUUUUCCUUUAAUGUUAGUGUUUAAACUCUCAGGGGGUACUUAGGCAAACAAUAGCAAGCUGCGUGUGAAAAGUCAUCUCGAACUUGACAGACACGUCCUCUUUUCAGUAUCACAUAAACCACGCCCACUCAUAACCUACUUGCAGCUGAAAUCUAGCAGGUGACACAGAGCUGCUCGGAUCUUACCAAGAUGAGUCUUCCUGACAUCAAAUCAUCACGGAAACUGGCAGUCGAGCCUUUAAAGCAGUGCUCCGUCGUGCAGCUGAAUGUCGGUGGUCAGGUAUACACCACCACUCUGGUGACCCUGCGCAGAUUCCCCAACUCAAAGCUGGCUGAGAUGUUCAGCGUGCCUUCCAAACUCAUAAAGGAUGCAGAGGGUCGCUGUUUUGUAGACCGUGAUGGGAUGCACUUUAGGGCAAUUCUUGAGUACCUCCGUUCAGAGGAGGUUCCAACUAAGAAUUUGCAGGAGGUUCACAAGGAGGCAGUGUAUUAUGGUAUAAAACCCCUGGUAAAGCUCCUGGAGGAGUCUCCGCAGUUUUUUGGUGAGAAGGUCGGAAGGCAGCAGUUUUUGUCCCAUGUGCGCAACUACCACGAGAAUCUGGAGGUCCUCAUCAGGGUGGGCAGAGCAGAAGCCAUGGCCUCGCGAUACUCAGUAAUAAUCAUGUGUGUCCUAAAGACAGACAAUGACCUGGCGAGGUACAACGACGCUAUGGUCAGUCUUGAUACAAGGAAGGAAUCUAUAGUGACCUUUGGCCCCUGGAAUGCUCAAGCUACUGUGGAGGAUCUUCUGGAUUGCAUAAAAAUGGACAUCGAGGCAAAAGGAUAUAAAGUGAGCAUUAAACCACACAGCACAGAGAAAGCCUUUCUGUUUAAGAGCUAUGAUUUCUUCUAUAAGCUGACUUUUACUUGGUGGUGACUAGUAAUUUUGACUCUGGCCUGUUAAGUGUAAGUAGAAUGUAUUUAGGUAGUGGUAAACAGAGGUCAGGAAACUUAAUCAAAUCCACCUACAAACACUUCAGAUAAGAACACUGUGUUAUCUAUUAGUCUAAAAGACCCACCUAUAUUGCAGACAUGUGUCAUAUAGGGCUUGUUCAGGAUCUCUGUUGGCAGCUGUAGCCACCCUUGUUUAAUAUUUACUCUAGUUUGUACCAGCCCAUUACAUCAUGUAACCAUAAUGUGCUCACAAAAAUGUUCUUUUGCAGAGUUUCCAAGAAACCGAUAUAGAACAGACAGAAUAUUUUUCCCAUAGCGGUGUGAAAUUGUACAAAACAUUUGAUAUCUUUGAGAUGUCCGUUAAGUAAUUGAUAAAACACAACAGAGUGUGCCGUUUAAAAGGAAAGAAUUCAUUCAUGUAUGGUGUGAUACAACCCAAUAUGAUUUUAUUAUUUUCCUACAGAUGUAUGUUGUUUUAUUCCAGUAAAUAUACCACAGCAAUUUGCCAAGGAUUAAAAUUCAAACGUAUUAAUGAAUGACACUGUGUUUUUUUUUGUUUUUUUUUUUAAAACAUUUAUAUUUGCAAUUAAAGUCAUGGGAAAUCCACAAGACGAGUGAGUUCCUGUUGUCACUUCCAGUUGUCCUUCCAAAAAUGUAAAAUAAACUUCUCCUUACAGAAAACUUCACUGCUAAAUUUAAAAAAAAAAACAUUUAAAAAUUUGUUUACUAUUAGGCUUUGAUCAUGUGGUGCGACUGCCAUACAAGUCGCUGUGACUAAGCUGCU